AUGCCGUCUCGCAUAGCUCUAGGGAGGGCUGUCCUACACACUGCAUCCCGACCCAGGCUCUCAGCCCUCCACCAUGCCGCAACCAUAUCACCAUCUUCCCGCGCCCAUCUCUACCACACCUCACCCCUUCCUCUAGACAACCACCGCGUCCUCGUAACCGGCGGCAGCCGCGGCAUCGGCAAGGCCAUCGCCUCGCGCUUCGCCUCCCUCGGCGCCAGCACCAUCAUCAUCGGCCGGAACGCCGACACCCUCCAAACCGCCGUUCGCGAAAUCGCGUCCAACAUCCCGAGCUCCGUCUCUCAGCGAACGUCAACGCCGACCCACGGCUACGUAGUCGGCGACGUCUCGAACGAGGCUUUCUGGCAGGAACUCUCCUCCACCACCUCCUCCUUCCCAUGCCACCACCUUCGUCCAUCCCCCUUCCAUCCCCCAUCGCCCCCACCAUCUUCUCCUCCUUCCUCGACCUCCUCCUCAUCACCAGCAUCCCACAUCCCCUCCAUCCCCUCCAACAAGACAUCGUCGCAACAGCACCCUCAAUCCCCACCACCACCAUCACCACACGACGAACGAUUCCACGCGACCACCUUCGCCCCCACCCUCACAGUCCUCGUCAACGCCGCAGGCGUGACGCACAACGCCCUGCUGAACCGCCAGCCCGCCGCCCGGACCAAAUCUGUGGUGGACACGAACCUGAUGGGCACCCUGUGGGCCUGCAAGUUCCUGGGGAAGCCGCUGAUGCGGAGCGCGGCGAAGCAAAAGCCGGCUGGAAAAGACGGCGCGGAAGCGAAAGGGGGGGAAGAGGGGGAGACGGCCUCCGUCGUGAACGGAGGCGUCUCGGUCGUCAACGUGAGCUCCUUGCUGGCCGUGCAGGGCGGCGUGGGGUCCGCGGCGUACGCGGCGAGCAAGGCUGGGGUGUUGGGACUCACGCGUGCUCUCGCCGGAGAAAUGGGUCCGCUGGGAGUGAGGGUCAACGCCAUUGUGCCCGGAUACAUCGAAACAGACAUGACAGCUGCCAUGCAACCCGAAGCUCGCGAAAAGGCCUUGGAACGUAUUCCUUUGAGGCGUUUCGGCACCGUCCAAGAGAUUUCCGAAGCCGCCAUUUUCCUCGCAACCAACCAGUUUGCAAAUAACUGCGUCAUCAACCUCGAUGGAGGCAUGAGUGCGAUCUAA